AUGUUAGUUUUAGCCACCGCAGAAUCAGAACUGUCAUGUUUGGUUUGGUUUGAGUCUCGCGUUGGUGCAUUAUCAAUAAUGACGAGUGGUGCUAACGACUUUUACUAUUCAGGCAAGUAUGAGGAUGAUGAAUAUGAAUACAGACAUGUUCAUGUUACAAAAGAAAUAGCAAAACUGAUCCCGAAGAAUCGCCUUCUGACAGAGUCGGAAUGGCGCAACCUUGGAAUUCAACAAAGUCCGGGAUGGGUUCACUACAUGAUUCACAGCCCUGAACGACACAUUUUGUUGUUUCGACGCAAAUUAGAGAAGCCUAAGAAUACUGCUGCAGCGACCCAGAAGAGUUCAAAAUCUGUUGGAGUUCGUGGCUGA